AUGGGGAAAACAAGAGUCAUGCUUACGCUGCUCGCUGCUGUUGCUUCAAACGGAUGUUCAUUCGAGCAACUCAAAACCGAUGCCGGUUUUUACGAAUUGGUCGGCUGCCAUAUGGAGGGAGACAAGAAGAACAAACUCCAGACUGCGAACGAAAAUCUUCCUGGAGUCUUCAGAACUAUUGAUGACCACGCGCUGUACCCAGAAGGGUUCCCUCAAGGAGGACAAUGCGUCAAAGUCCGAUGUCCGGGUAAACCAAGUGUUUACACUUCUGAACGGAUCGGAUGCUACGAGGGCGAAUGGAUGCCACUUCUUCACACUCCUGGAAUUGGAUACGUUCCACAAUUCAAUGUUGAAGUGAUCUUCCCUUCCUGCGAUUUCAGCGACGAUGGAAAGCUCUGA